GCCGAUCCACACACAACUCACAAAAUACUUACAAACUGAAAAAUUAAAAUUGUGACAAACAAAGAAGUAUAGUAAGACACUGUGUACGAAUACAAUAAAUUAAACAUCGAAAAAAAAUCACGCAAAUCCGACUGCUGUAUUUGCAAGCUGACAUCCGUUGACUUUGCUCGCCAAUAAGAAGAAGACAAAAUAAAUAAUAGAAAACUUUCCGAAGCAUUUUUAUCAACGACCACUAUCUCCCAACGUCAACUUGAGUCCUCCAUCAACCAUCCACCUUCUCUCCCCCACCCCCGCUGUCUUCCUCAUAUUUGCCACUGUUUUUGUUUUGCAUCGUCGCCGCCGCCGCCGCCGUCGUCGUCGUCUCCGUCAUUGCCCUCAUUGUGUUGCAACAACAAACAAUGUGCAGCCGGAAAUGUUUUCGCGUACACACACUGGUCAUACUCGGCAUCAUAAUCACCAUUGUGCUCGUCUGCAUUGUCGGCAUAACGCUGACGAACAGCAUCAACAUUUCGAAUAUCAUAAAAUUGCGCGAAAAAGUCGCCAGCGAUUCGGCGGCCGCUACCGGUGCGAAUGCCGUACAAACACGUGCCGCGCUCGUCGAGCAACAAUACUCUACCUUGCAACAACAUCAUUUGUCGCGCAGCGAUUUGAAUUAUAUUGCUGCAACGCAUCCGAAGAAUUUACAACGAUUCGCCAGCGGUAGCGGCGGCAGUGGUAAUAGUGGCAAUGGCCGGGGGUUUGGUGAUGAUCCAGCUAAUAAUGCGGCACAAAAUAAAAUUGUCAUCGAAAUUGCUUUGCGCAAUUUUUCGACUGCACAAGUCGCCAAUGCAAGCUUUGCAGCUAACGCCUCCGCAACGACGUCUUCCUCAUCGGUGAAUUCCUUGCUCGAUAGGCUCAUCGAACCCAUAACCAGCGCCAUUGUCGAUGGCAAUAUCGAUUCGAUUUCGGUACCUGCCACUGCUACUCGCCGCCAAUUGAAUGAGUCACUUUCACAAUUCGUUAACGCGCAAGAGACGCGUCCGCUCGUUGUGGCAACAGAAUCGACGACAACCGACAAUGCUGCUACGGUGACAGCAGCGUCUACGGUUGCCUCAAGUGCAUGGCAGUAUACAACAACUCCGCCGACGGCGUUUGCACCUUUGCAAGCCACCGAACCAUUGGCCAUUGCUGAUCAUAACCCCGGCCAGAUUGAUUUUGCGAAGCGCGAGCAUGUCAAACAG